UAAGUUGUGAAACAUACAAACACACACAGGCAACAGCAACUACCAAACACUGUAGCGGUGGUUUUAGUGCAUAUUAUAGUGUCAUAUUAUAAAUGAAAAGGUGAAUAAGCGUGGAGAUAUGUUGCGUGUGUGCGUCUAUUUGUCUCUCGUAAUUUUGUUGGGUUUUAGUCUCUGGGAGCCUGUGGAUGGAAGACGAACUCGAUACAAGCCAAAACCAAAACCCAAACCAGAAAAAAAGCCCAUUGAGGAGAUCGUCCCAGCUCAAGACAUUGAUUUCAAUAAGUUGAGUGGAAAGUGGUAUCUGCUAAGCGUAGCUUCAAGAUGUAAGUACCUUUUAGAACAUGGUUUUAAAGUGGAGGGCACCAUCAUAACUAUGACUGCACCUGACUCACCUAAUGCACCAAUCCAAGUGAGCACUUUCACCAAACUCAAUUAUCAGUGUUGGGAGAUCAAACAAAAGUAUGAGACCUCACAGAAUCUGGGCCGCUUUCUACUUAAAGCGAAGAUACCAGUGAAGAACACUGAGAUCAUUGUUGUAGAAACAAACUACAAUUCUUACGCCAUUUUACUUUACAAGCAGAUGAACAAGCUCACCAUGAAACUUUACGGCCGCACCCCUGAGAUCGCUGAAAGUAUCGUGGAUAAAUUUGAAGACAUUGCAAAAAAACAAGAUCUGGGCCUAGAUGUUGUUUUCCAGUUUCCUACUUACGGAUUUUGUCAGUCUGCAGACAAGGAGCACACGCUUGUAAUGGCCUGAAGAGCACUGUCUUUGGAUAUGACGGCUUCAUCAUACCAUAAUGCAUAAGCACAAGAACCAAUCUCAGACGUGGUAGAAAUAAUAAGCAAUAAACUCUGCCAUUUCUGUUA